AUGCAAAAUACGCAUCAGCAGUCUUCAGAAGGCCCUCGGGCAUGGCGACGGACGUCCUCUAUAAGCUCAGAAGACAUGAAGUCGGCCCUAGAAGCCUUCACAACCGCCGGCAACAAGACUCUCGGUGCAAGCUCGUUUGGAGCAGGGCUCGACGACUAUCUUUGGAAUGCUGCCGAGCGCAACACUAGCAUCCCCAGCGGCUACAAACAAGACGCAAUUACAAAGGAGAUGAUGGCAAAAGCGUGGGCUGCGAAGUCAUAUCCCAGCAUGGCAGGGCACGGAAGCGGCAGCCAGGGUACAUAG